AUGAGAGUAACAGUGGUUAUUGCGGUCGUGGCCUGCCUGUUUCUUGUGCCUAAAAAUGGAUCAGCCUUCUUGCUGGAGAGGGAUUGCGGAAAAUUAGGUAGUACCGAAGCUUUUGGGAAAAUAGCUGGAGGUGAAGAUACAGACAUUCUCUCGAAUCCAUGGAUGGUAAUGGUAAUGGUAAUGGGUAAUGAAACUUGUGGCGGCUCCCUCAUCACUUCGCGAUUUGUUCUGACGGCAGCGCAUUGCCUAUCAAAUUAUCACAUGACCGUGCGAUUGGGCGAAUACGACACACCAAGAGCCUAUUAUAUAAAUGUCGAUAGCAUAAUUGCUCAUUCAAGAUUCAACUAUACCGGAAACGGUGAGCACGAUAUUGGACUUCUUCGAAUGGCGCAAAUGGUGCAGUUCUCAGACUAUGUUAGGCCGAUAUGCCUUCUCCUGAACGUGCAAAUGGAAAAUGUUUUACGAUUCAAAGUCACCGGCUGGGGUAUGCUUGAAAACGGACAAAAGAGUAAAAUAUUGCAAAAAACAACUCUAUCUAAGGCGUAUCCUUUGUAUUGUAUAACACAAUUUGGUACUUCGGUUGAUCAAUCCCAGAUUUGUGCCGGCAGUGAAACUAGUGAUACCUGCGUAGGAGAUUCUGGAGGUCCUUUGAGCGCAGAGAUCAUUUACUAUGGAGAAAUUCGGACCGUUCAGUACGGUAUUGUCAGCUAUGGAUCUGAAAAAUGUGCAAAGGGAGGUCGAAGUGUUAACACAAAUGUGGCCAACUAUAUGGACUGGAUAAUGCAAGUUCUUCUUAAAAUUGGAGCAGAAUAG